CAGUAUGAUAAGAUAUUCGUCUCUUCGCGAGUGGCUAGGCCUGAUUUGACAAUAUUACAAUAUUGGCUCAAUAAGCGUAUAUAAGUGGUUAAUAUUUAUUUAUUCCAAGUCAUGAAGUGUCAUGAAAACCUUAUUUAUGGGAAUGUACUGGCAACUAAAUGUAGUUAUCACUGCAAUAUUUUUGGAGUACUAUAUAAAGCACAAAAGCAACAAGUGGGCGAGUCAUUUUUCACCAAGGCUCCAGUGAGUAUCAAAAUGUUAUCAAUUCUCGUGAUUAAUACAUUCCUGAUUGUUCCUGGUGCUUUUGCGACCAUUUACAUGGAGGGUCGGUGUCCUGGUUAUACUGCAGUACCCGGCUUUAAUCGUAACCAGUUUUUAGGUGACUGGUACGAAAUAAAGAGAUUGGAAGCUGAUGAGCUAUUGAAUGCAGAUUGUGUCCUCGUCAAUUAUAAAACGAAUGUGGACGGAAGCACGGUGGACGUGAGCAAUCGGAUGGUAGUAUUGGGGAAUACACCCUCGAGGAUAGAACAGCGUGGAUAUGCGAGAUAUCUCGACACAAGUGGACGUCUGGUGAUGAUUUAUAAUGAAACAGACCCAAGCGCAAGACUUUUCGAUUACUACGUGACACACACAGACUACCAAACUUAUAUGGUAGCCGUAUCAUGUGAGAACGUUAAUAACUCACAUUAUGGAGAAUCAGCUUGGGUUAUGUCCAGAACUCGCAUCUUACCCACAACUGCCGUAGCGGUAGUGAAUCAAGCCACUCAGCAGUGGAGUGCCGGAUUUUUCCGUACCACUAAUCAGGAUGAAGUAUUGUGUAGUUCCUCACGACAAUUGGUAUUGGCAAGUAUCACCCUUCUAAUGGGUCUGGUCACAAUUCAUUUUCUGCGAUGAAGGAAAAGUUUCGUAUUCGUUAUCACAAUUUUGUAUUUGCAUAUAGUAUAUGGAAUAAAAUCUAAUCUAUUUUA